CAGUUUGCAUAGGUAACUAAAAAGGCUAAUAUAUAAGAUUUGGUAGAAAUGAGAAGGGUAUGUUAUUGUUACACAAGAAGCUUACUUUCAACCAAAUGCACAAAGUAGUACAAAAAUCAUGAUCAUAACAUGACAACCAUACACAUAAUCAAUGUGUGCACUACUCCUUCCUAACUUAUACCAUCUUUUUUUGUAUGAAUUUAACAAACCCCAAGUUGGUGUAAAGAAAAAAAUGGUAAAGCGGGUAAGAAUGAUGCUUCGUUUUGUGUUAAUAAUGAUGAUCAAAGGAGUGAUGACCGAAGUGUAUAACGUUGGGGAUUCAGAUGGUUGGACUACUCCUGUUAAUACAAGUUACUCCAAAUGGGCGUCUUCAAAGAAGUUUCAUGUUGGUGAUACUCUAUGGUUCCAUUAUGACCCAGCGAGCCAUAAUGUGGUGCAAGUGAACCAGAUGGGUUACCGGUUAUGCAACAUCAGCAGCAACGCACGUGUGGGUGUAAAAACAUAUGAAACAGGGAAUGAUUCAUUCAGAAUAAAGGGACCCGGCCAUUACUACUUUAUUUGCAGCUUUCCGGGCCACUGCAAAGCUGGGCAAAAGCUGGAUGUCAGAGUCCUCAAGAAGUAUCCGAUGACUACACCAACACCAACACCAAAAACGAUAGCAAUGGCACCUACCUCGCCUGCAAAUGCUCUCUACCCCUACCCUAUUACCUCCUUAUUGUUUGGUACCAUUGUUGUGUCAAUUAUUUGUGCAAUGUGAGUUGCUUAAUUAGUUAGUAUUAUUUAUGAAUAUUAUGCUUUUUUUUAGCGACUUUUAAUGUUGUUGAUUAAUUUGUACCACUGGUUUUUUAAUCCACCUUCUUCUAUUUAAUCA